AUGUCGGACGGCAGCGGGCUCCCGACGUACGCCGACGUCGAGACCGCGCAGCGCGCGCGCGCGGAGCUCCGGCACAACUUCGCGACGCUCAACAGCGACCAGCUCGACAUCCAGGAGCUCUUCCGCACCGUCGCGGACCGCGACGGGCUCGUCGGCGAGUGGAACGACUUGCGACAGACGCACAGGAAGAUCUACCGGGAGUCGCAGCAGAACGCGGGGAUGUGCUCGCACUUCCUGAAGAAUUUCGCCGAGAUCCUCGUCCCGCUCUCGCAGUCCCCGGAUGUCUCGAUCGAGCAGAAGAGGGUCAUGAUCGGCAAAUUCCUGGAGACCAUCCCGGUGCACCUCAAGGCGGCCCGGCGGAACGCGGAGCUCUUCAGCGAGCUCGCGAAGGACGUCGAGCACUUUCCCCGCAAGGUCGCGAGUGCGCUCAGGAUCAAGGCGGAGCCCACCGGCUUUUUCGAGAGCGUCUGGACGGGGAUAGAAGAAAUAUGCAUGAACAUCUGGCAGACGUUGAACAAGCUCCUGACGAAGCUCGUGUACGUCUUCAAGGUCGCGCUCGCGCGCCUGGAAAACCUCAGCUUCACAUGCUGGGGGAUCUCCGUCGCCCUUCAGAUCAGGCCCGGUGAGCAGCCCGUUUCCUCCCCCGUCGCGUGUCGCACCGUCGCUCACGCCGCGCCCUCCUCCUUCCCGCAAGGAGAGAGCGCGCUCGCACCGCCUGGAGGCGGCACGGAGCUGACGACGUUCGUCGGCGAGAUCACGGACGACUGCGACGCGCUCGGCGCGAAGCUGACCGCGUUCGAGAGCGCGUGGCAGAUCAUCCGGCUCGCGUGCUCGCAGCUCUCCGCGGACGUCGCGCUCGCGCGCAGCUUCACCCUCACGUACCCUCCUAUUCCGCAGGCGUGCGAUAGCAACUUGCGUGCGGCGGCGAUGGUGCAUGUCCCGCUUGUGGAGUGUCUGAAGGCGUAUUCUAUGGGCAAGGCUCCAGGCUUUAUGUGA